CAGGGAGUCAUGGAGCAGCAUUUUGGGAGGGGAAGGUGAUGAAUUAUUUGCAUUCCCCUCCAGUUAACCUCUUCCUGCAAAUAUAUCACCUCAUCACAACAAUGUGAGGAGGAGGUGCCCUUAGAAACUGACAGGCCAGGAGGACCUGGGGGUGCCUUUUGAACAUAGUGUUGAAGUGGGUUGCCAUGACAAUGCCUGUCAACCGGGAAGUCCUCCACGAAGGCAGGCAGAACAAGGGCAAGUAGUGUGAGGGAGAUUGUGUGUCCCAGCCAGUUCCAGAAGUCGGAGAGAGUGAGAGAAAGUGCAGAGAGGAUCUACGGCGAGGUGUUGCGCUCAGCUGAGACAGACAGAAAGACCAGUGAGUUCACAAGUCAAUGCCAACAGGGAGAAACUCCAUGCUGGGAGCGAAACAUUGAUCUCUGCUACAGAGGAAUCAUAGCUGAUCAUAUGCAGACUCAGCAAAGUGCGGAAGUAAUGGGCCAUCCAAAUGGCUCCCAGAAUCAUCUUUUUGGGGAGCCUGAGUUUCCUUCAAGUCAGCACAUACUGACUUCUCCAGAACAUGUGGUGGUCAUCUCCCCUGGACUCAAUACGCCUCCGCUGAACCCGUUUCGCUCCACAGGCCCAACAUCUGGGGUUGUCAAGGGGUCAGAGGUAAAUGGAGGGGGUCCAACGACUCUGAGAUUUGGAUCAUACUAUGGACCUUCCCAGUCGCCAGGUGAACUUUCCAAUGGAGUCCAGGGCUCUUCUACUUCGGAUCCAAAUAAUGAAGGGAGGCUUAUUAAGUUCUCGGGCAUAGGUCCAGUCGAUGAGAGUGGAAUGCCCAUCGCCUCUAGAUCGAGCGUGAACAAGCCCAGGGACUGGUACAAAAGCAUGUUCAGACAGAUCCACAAGAGACCAGAGGAGCUGGAGGAUUCAGAGCGGUGGUCCUCAGAAGGCCUCCAGUUCUCUGCAGAAAGAGAUAAAAUCCUCCAAGAAGACGACGGCCUCUUCAGACUAACGCCUUAUGGAUCCCUGCCAGAUUGGACCGAGGAUGUAGAUAAGCUGUCAGACCCUGGAAAGCAACACCAUCAACCCAGGAGCAUAUUUGACUUUGAGCCUGAAAGGAGCUCCACUUCAGUGAAUAACAGCCAGGUUCAUUUGUCCCAGAAGAGACAGGCUGAGAAACCAAAAUCUCCUUCAAUUGAGGCCAGUCUGCAGUCUGAGCUGAACCAGUUAGAAGCAGAGCUGGACUCGGAGAUUCAGGGCCUGGAGAGGACUCUUUCCCAGAAGAAGCAGCGUCAAGGCCGGGGUGAGGAGGCCACAGGCAGGGAUCCAGUAGCUGUUCCAAUGGCUGCCUCUGCAAACCACAGCAGCCUGUCAUCAUCUAAGCAUCCUGUCCAGCGUUUUGGUGGUUUACCUUCGCCUUCUGCUACUGCACAUGGACGUCCCUCCUCUGCAAAUGAAACCACGGAGCCUCCAUCAAAGAAAGAGGAGAAAAGGAUGAAAGCUGCAAGAGUCAAGUUUAAUUUCCAGGCUCAGUCACCAAGAGAGCUCACACUGCAGAAAGGGGACAUUGUUUACAUCCACAGGCAGGUUGAUGCCAAUUGGUUUGAGGGCGAACAUCAUGGGAGAGCUGGCAUUUUCCCAACUUCUUAUGUAGAGGUUCUGCCUCCCACAGAGAAACCGACGCCGAUAAAGUCUCCGACUCUCCAGGUGUUGGAGUAUGGAGAAGCUGUAGCUCUUUAUAACUUCAACGCUGACCUUCCUGUUGAGCUUUCCUUUCGUAAAGGUGAAGUGAUCAGCAUAACCAGACGCGUUGACAAUCAGUGGUUGGAGGGCAGGAUCCCUGGAACGAGCCGGAGCGGCAUCUUCCCGGCCAGCUACGUGCAGGUCAACAAGAUGCCCCGCACCAAAUACUCCACGGAUGACUUCUCAGCAAGCCCCAUGUCUCCUAUCUCCCCUGGACCGCAGAGUCCGGGACGUCCACUCUUCUCUCCAUCGCCGCGGUCACCUCUGUCUCCUUUCACCCCCCCGUCCUUCAGCCCCAAACCCGAGCACUCCCCCUUGAAACCAUCGUCACCUGUCCCAUAUGGCAGCCCUGCCUCACAGUCACACUCCCCCAACCAGACACUGUCAUCCCAUCGUUCUCCCCACGGCACCCCCAAUAUGGUUCCCCCCACCAACCUAAACACCCACUCAGCAGCAGCACAAUCCACAGUUAGACCGACUUCACCUUCUUUUCAGUCGUCAGCGUCCACGCACAGAGCAAUGGCUCCUACAGCGAACACUCCCAGAUACACCAGUCCCUCACAGGGAGCAGUACCAAGCCCGUAUGCUUCUUCUAAUGCACAUGUCAGCUCACAAGCACAGAACAAUCCUGGUUCUAUAGUGGGGCAAGGCCAGCCGUAUAAAGCCAUUUACAACUACAAACCCCAGAAUGCAGACGAGCUGGAGCUUAGAGAAGGGGACGUUGUGCAAGUGAUGGAAAAAUGUGAUGACGGCUGGUUUGUAGGUACGUCAGAACGGACUCAUACUUUUGGGACCUUUCCCGGGAAUUACGUGACACCAGUCUGACUUCCUCACUUGCUACCUGCCAACACUCAAUGGGACUCAUAUGAGCACAGCUAAUGAUCGUUUCCUUGUGCCAUUAUAGAUAUGAUGCGUAGGGUCUGCAUGUGCACUCUGUAUUCCAGAAGAGAAAGGGUUUCUCUCCUCGCUCACUACCUUUGCAUGUGUGAGCACAUACUGAAUGAGAGCGUGUGAUUGGAGGCAGUUUUUUUACACUUUUGAGAGGAAAGCUGAUGUGACUGAUUCAUAUGCACAAAACGAACAUUUGAUCUUCCUUGUUCCACAAUCUUUUCCAGCUGCAGGAAAUUUGCAUUCCUUCCCUCUGAACAGCACUGCUUCCUCUGAGGUCCUUAAAAAACACCGCUGCCCUCAGCUUCUUGUCACCAUAGUGCCUACACAAACCACAGCUGGGAUAAAAAUAAAAUAAACAAGAACAGGGAUUUUUGUAGCAUUUUACUGGAUUAUUAAUGUUUCUUUUACACAUUUUCCCCCCAGAUUUUCUUACAGAUGUCUGAAAUAGCUGCAGCAGUUUUUGAAGAUGCAUCAGAAACAUCUGUAGGACAGUAAGGGCUCUGACAUAUCAUCUAAUUACUGCCUUCCACAAGUCGAAUGCAUCUACCGGUUUCUUUUAUCAUAAAGUGUGCUUGUUGUUUUAAGGUUUGAGACUGUUGGUGUCUUCCUGCAGUUAAAGUAAAGAACUCCAUCCUACUCUCUACUAUGAAAUAAGUAUUCAUAACUACAACAACAGCAGCUGUGUUAAUAAAGUGGUUAGAUCAAGAAUGCUGUGAUGGUUCAGCAGGCUAAUUCCAAUACUGUAUGUGCCAAAAAUAGCCUAGGAGGUUAUGCAUUUGUUCAAAUGUACAUGAAACAUUCCCAGCUCACUCUUUGCUAUGUUUGCAAUGAUCACUUUUGUAAUAUGUUCUUCUUUGAUAUUUUAAGAUUAUUAUGAAAGCAGUAUUCAAGAAAAUUAUAUGUAUUUGGUUCUAACAUAACAUUGUUAAGUUGUAAGAGUUUAACUAAAAUGUGUCAUCCUUAAGUCACGGCUUUACUGUCAUAAUAAAUUGAAUUUAGUAGCCACAUGAAAUGAUUGUAAAGAUUGUAACAGUUUGUAAAACUGAAAGAUAAUAUAUAUUUGCUUAAAAGAAACAUUGUAUUGCAUAUCUAUGGUACGUGGUUUAUAUAAAAAGUUGAUUAAAUAUUAGA